AUGACUACCACAACGUCCUCUUCAGAACAAGAUGACGCCUUUGAAGAGCCGCGAUACAUCCAAUUCCCCUGCCUCCCGGAUGAUGCGACCCGCGACGGUAAACCGGUGUUGAAUAAGUAUUCUACGUUUGUCACCAAGGAUCAUGAUUUUCCGGGAGCCCAGGCGAUGUUAUAUGGUGCCGGGGUUCCAGAUCGCGACAGUAUGAAGAAUAGCCCGCAGGUUGGCAUUGCGACAGUAUGGUGGGAAGGAAAUGCUUGCAAUAUGCAUCUAUUAGAUCUUGGAAAGACUGUCAAGAAGGCAAUUACGGAUCAGGGGAUGUUGGGCUGGCAAUAUAACACGAUUGGUGUUUCAGACGCGAUUUCUAUGGGGAGCGAAGGGAUGCGGUACUCUCUUCAGUCUCGUGAGAUCAUCGCAGACAGUAUAGAGACUGUUACAAGCGCUCAAUAUCACGAUGCCUGCAUUGCUAUUCCUGGCUGUGACAAAAACAUGCCCGGCUGCAUCAUGGGGAUGGCAAGACAUAAUAGACCCUCCUUGAUGAUAUACGGUGGGACUAUCCAGGUCGGAUACUCUAAGUUACUCCGAAAGCGAAUCAACGUCUCGACUUGCUACGAAGCCGCAGGUGCAUAUGCUUAUAAUACCUUAACCCAGCCCGAUGACGGUGGAGAUCGGUCAAAAACUAAAGACGAGAUCAUGGAGGAUAUUGAGCGUAACGCCUGUCCUAGCGCUGGAGCGUGCGCUGGGAUGUAUACGGCAAACACCCUGGCAACUGCGAUUGAGUCAAUGGGUCUGACUCUACCGGGCUCCUCCUCUACCCCAGCCACAGUGCCAUCGAAGAUGCGCGAGUGUGCAAAAGCCGCGGACGCGAUCAGGACAUGCAUGGAAAAGAACAUUAGACCACGAGAUCUACUCACCAAACGCUCUUUUGAGAACGCUCUGGUGAUCACUAUGGCGCUGGGUGGAAGCACCAAUGGUGUCGUUCAUCUGAUAGCCAUGGCCAGAACUGCCGGGGUUGAAUUGACACUUGAUGACUUCCAGCGGGUGAGCAACAAAAUCCCAUUUAUCGCCGACUUGGCGCCCAGUGGGAAGUACUAUAUGGCGGAUCUAUAUGAAAUUGGUGGAAUUCCAUCAGUGCAGAAGCUGUUGGUUGCAGCAGGCCUCAUGUACGGCGAUAUUCCCACGGUAACCGGGAAAACGCUAGCCGAGAAUAUCCAAUCAUUCCCGUCUCUGCCGCAAGACCAGGCCAUAAUUCAUCCACUAGCUAACCCUAUCAAGUCUACGGGUCAUAUUCAAAUCCUCAGAGGGAACCUCGCCCCUGGUGGUGCAGUCGCUAAAAUUACUGGGAAAGAGGGCACCAAGUUCACUGGGAAAGCCCGGGUUUUUAACAAGGAACACGAGCUCGAUACCGCACUUAACCAGGGCUUAAUUCCACGCGGAGAGAACCUUGUCUUGAUCGUUAGAUACGAGGGGCCUAAGGGAGGGCCCGGUAUGCCUGAGCAGCUCAAAGCCAGUGCUGCGCUGAUGGGAGCCAAGCUCACAAAUGUCGCCCUAAUAACAGAUGGUAGGUACUCUGGCGCCAGCCAUGGGUUUAUCGUAGGUCAUAUCGUCCCCGAGGCUGCUGUUGGUGGUCCCAUCGCAGUGGUGCAAGAUGGAGACAUGAUUACGAUCGAUGCAGAGACGAAUGAGCUCAGCAUGGCAGUUUCGGAUGAGGAGAUCGCUACGAGGAUGAAGAGCUGGAAAUCACCGAAGCCGCAUGUUACACGUGGCACGUUGGCCAAGUACGCAAAGCUUGUUGGUGACGCUUCGCAUGGCGCAAUGACGGAUAUGUUUUGA